AUGAUAUAUUUCCUCGUCUUCACAUCUGCUUCUUUUCCUUUGUUUCUGUCUCCCUUUCUUUCUUUCUUUCUUUCUUUCUUUCUUUCUUUCUUUCUUUCUUUAAUACUUGAUCAUUCACUCACUCAUUCAUUCAUUCUUUCAUUCUUUCAUUCAUUCAUUCAUUCAUUCAUUCGUUUCUUCGUUCACCCAGUUAUUCAAUCAUUCCAUUUCUUUUCUUCUAUUAAUGUCCUCUCAUUCAUUACUUUCAUUUCAUUUCGUUUUGUUUUGUUCAUUUUUUUCUUUCCCUCUUUUUCCCCUUCUGCUUUCAUUCCUUCUUUCUUUUUUCAUAUCUUUCUUUCUUGCAAGCCAAGGGAGCGUCUAGUUAUUGUUCGCUCCAAACGUAACGCUUAUUACAAGUUAUCAUUCAUUUUGACUUUCUCUUUACUACUACUACUUCCUCUCUCUCUCUCUCUCUCUUUGUCUCUCUCUCUCUCUCUCACACUUUUAUCGUUUUCGCUCAUUUUCCGUUUGUAUUUUCUCUUUCUUUUUCCUUCCAUUUAUUUAUUCUUUUUUAUCACUGUAGCUUUUCUUUCUUUCUUUUUCUUUCUUGCUUUCUUUCUUUCUUUCUUUCUACAUUGCAAUAACAUUUAUUUAUUCUUUCUUUAUCACUGUAGAUUUUCUUUCUUUCUUUCUUUCUUUCUUUCUUUCUUUCUUUCUUUCUUUAUUACAAUAACAUUUAUUUAUUCUUUCUUUAUAACUGUAGCUCCUUUUCGUUUUUCUUUCUAUCUACAUUGCAAUAAUAUUUAUUUCUUCUUUAUAACUGCCACUUUUCUUUCUUUUUUUAAUAUUUACUUUUUUUCUUCAAAUAUUCUACUUUUUUUCUUCAAAUAUUCUACUUUCUUGCUUUCGAUAUGCACCUCAAGUUUUUUUUUUCUUUUUUUCUUUCUAUCUUUCCUUCUUUAUUCGACUAUAUAUUCUUUGUGCUUUCUUUCUUUUUCUUUCGUGGUGUAUCUCCCGUUUCUUUCUUUCUUUUUCUCUGAUUAUUCUCUCACACUAGUUUUAAAUAUUGUCCUUCAUUCUUGA